UUUCUGUUUUGUCCGUUACUGUCAAUGUCAUCUGUUGGUCGGUUAAUGCGGGAGUGGGGGCAGCAAUUGAUUCGUCGCCGGAAACAAAAAAAAUCACAAUUUUUUUUUUCAAAAUUUAUUUUGGACUGAUUCGCAAAAAUCGUAAACAAGAACAACAGCUAUUUAUUCACAUAAAGCAAUAAAAGUACUUUCUCUAAAGCAAUGCCAGAGAGGAUCAAUAUUGAUGCCCCCCUUUGGGAUCAAAGCACUUUUGUAGGCAGAUUUAAGCAUUUCUUAUGGGUUACAGAUCCUAGAACCUGCACUGUCGGUGAUGAAGCUCUGGAUAAGGCAAAAGAUCUAGUGGAAAAGUAUAGAAGAGGCCUUGAACCUCCAGGCACUACUUUGGAACAAGUAAUUUAUGCUAAGAAAUUAUAUGAAAGCGCCUUUCAUCCAGACAGUGGAGAAAAACAGAAUGUUUUUGGUAGAAUGUCUUUUCAAGUACCCGGAGGAAUGGCUAUUACUGGGGCUAUGUUGCAGUGGUACCGCACACCAUUUGCAGUGGUAUUCUGGCAGUGGGUUAACCAGUCAUUCAACGCCUUGGUAAAUUACACUAAUAGAAAUGCAAAAUCUCCCACCACCACUACUCAGUUAGUAGUUGCCUACGUUUCGGCCACCUCUUCUGCCAUGAUAACUGCUUUGGGCUGUAAAUAUUAUUGGUCAAAAAAAGCUAGUCCAUUUAUGCAAAGGUAUGUUCCUUUUGCUGCUGUAGCUGCGGCAAAUUGUGUUAAUAUUCCUCUUAUGAGGCAAAAUGAGUUUCUUCAUGGAGUUGAUUGCUCAGAUGAGCAAGGCAAAAUCGUGGGCCAGUCAAAACUGGCAGCUGGAAAAGCAUUUAGUCAAGUGAUCAUUUCUCGAAUCAUAAUGUGUGCUCCUGGUAUGUUAAUUUUACCAAUAAUAAUGGAAAGAGCCGAAAAGUUGCCAUUUAUGAAAAGAAUCACUUAUUUACACGGUCCUAUUCAAGUUUUGGGAGUCGGAUGCUUCUUGUCCUUUAUGGUACCUACUGCUUGUGCCAUAUUUCCUCAAAAAUGUUCUAUAAAAACUACGACUUUGGCGAGGCUUGAGCCGAAAGCUUACGAAGAAAUAAAAAGCAAUUGCGGAGAUAAGGUCCCCGAAAGAGUGUAUUUCAAUAAAGGGCUUUAAGUUUGGGGUUAUCUCUAUUUAGACAAUAAAUGGGUCUUUGCUUAGUAAUGUUUAGAUAAAUCCGGUCACGUACUUUCGUUUUGAAGUAUACGUAAUAAACGCGAGAAAAAUCGAAAUUGUAUAUUGUUUCAAGCAGAAUUUCGGGGAGGUGGGCUCACAUAGUUUUUAUUAAAUAAUUUUUUCAAAGGAACACUUUUAUUGCAUUUUUUUUUAGAAAAAAAUUGUUUAGACAGCGUUCUGAUAUAAAUGAACCGGUCAAAAGCUCUCUGAAGCCAAACAUUAUUUGAGUUUACAUAUAUAUACUAUAUAAUACAUAUUUUGAGUUUUUAAUAAAUUUGAUGCCUAUAUGACUGUUUGAAACAAAAUACUUUUUAAAAUGACACAUUACAUAAUAUAUUAACAAUAUAGAAUAUUAACAAAACUAAAGUCAUUUAGAGUGUUUUUGAAGCUGAACUUUUUUUUUAAUUUUACUACCUACACGGUAUUUUGUAACUAUUGUUGGUUAAUAGAUAAGUACCAAAAUAUUUUAGCAAUAUUAUAAAAAUUCAUCUUAAUAACUUUUUCAGCAAUAUUUAUACAUUGUACUGUAUUAUUAUUCUAUUCUCGGAUACGUGCCACUCUGAUUUUGUUGAUUAAUUGUAUUGUUCUGUUAUUUGUUGUUUUUUUUAAAAUAUACUUGGUUGAAAAACUUGAA